CAGGUGGGUACUUUUGGAGAUAUCACGCUUUGCUCACAGAAAAGAAACCUUAAGGUCGGUGCCUUUACCUUCUAAUGUUCUUGGCUGGAGCAGCUGUUGGGUGGGGCAGCCCAGUGUCUGCUGUGGGUUUCAGUUGUGUUGCCUUUUUAAAGACCCUCUUGACAUUGCUGACUUGGCUUUUCAUUUAGGCAGAAAUACAGUAGCAUAACUUUCUGAAAGCCUUUAUUCCUGUUUUCUCUUUCCUAGGCUAUGAAAUGACUACAGAAGUGUUUUAAACAAAAAAUAAAGAUGCUACUUGAUUAUAUGAUUUUUCUCCUAGUUUUCAUUGUGGUGCAAAGAUAUUGGUCCACUCUGUUUGCUCUGACCGAUGCACUUAUGAUUUAUUUAGAAGAUGAGCUAAACUUUCUUUGAUUUUAUUUUGAAGUAAGGAUUUCAAAUGGGGGAUAAGAAUGAAAAUUGCAUAGAAAAUACUUCUACUUGCCCAAAAUAAUUGAAAUACUUUGAAAUAUUUUUUUUUUUGCUAGUUUCUUAAAUGAGGUAGGCAAGUAUAUUUGCUUAGUCAACUGGAGUUUGCAGCCUAGACCCCACCUCUCUUCCAAGUGAAUAGGAUACGUUAUGAAAGGGGUUAAGCCAGUAAAAUCAUAGUAAAGGGAAGCAGUCGGGGAAUUAACAUUUAUAUAACCGUGGUGGCCGUCACUGGCUGGGUGGGUGGCAGCUGAUUUAAUACUCUCAGAUCUAGGGACUGGGAGGCUGCGUGUGAACUGGGAGCUGUCUGCCUUUGGUAUGGGGACAGAAGUGUAGGGUGGGUUGCUUUUUCUCCUUUCCUUUCAAUUCUCUUUCUGUAUAUGGAGAAAAGCAGGUUAAUGAAAUGUGCUGAGCCAGGACAGCGCCUGGGCUCUUGCAGCAGAGAAUGACUCGCCUCCUUCGGGGCUUGCUCCCCAAAUAUUAAGGUGCUUGUUUGCCGUCUUCUGCACUUUUGCUGUUGUCAGCUGAGAAAUGUCUGAACUGCUUGGAGGGGAGACGCGGUGGCACAGCACGGCCAAAAAGUUGCCUCUUUUAAACAAGAUUACCUGUGCUAAGGGGAGCUCUUGCCACAAAAGCAGCUCAGCAAGAAGUCAAGUAAAAGACAAUGAAAUGUAUGGUUUGCAUGUGUAAAAAAGAUGGAGGGAGCAACCUCCACUGACCCGAUGUGGGAGACGGCUCAAUUAUCCUUCCAGUUGGUACCGUGUGGCAAAUUAUUUUCCUUUGUCUGAAGUGGGUGGGAGACAGAGUUCGAUGAAGCUCCAUAAAUUAAUGUAUGGAAAAAUGACUGAGCCACUGCAAUUAUUAAUUAGCUGUAGGUCUCUUAUAGCAGGGCUUUCUGUGAUAUCUGUCGGCAGCAUCUGGAGUUGGCAUUUCAUUUACAUUAAAGUCUGAAAGCUUGCGUGCCUUGUUAAUGCAACGCGCAAAUAAAGGCAUGCACUGCUAGAGAGUUCCUUCGCAAGGGUGGAGUACAGCCGGAGGAGAAACAUGGAAACCUUUUGUCUCCCGUGUAUCCUCAGCACACUGGUCUCAUGCCCCAAGUCAGGAAAGUUUAAACCUUCAGUUUAUUACACAAUAGGAGAAAUAAUCUGAGAAAGGAUAAAGUGUUUAUUCUGUCGUUUGUUGCAGCAGAGAAUUUUCUCUCUGAGCUUUAUAGCAUCUAACAUUUUUAAAUAGAAAUGGUAUAAUUAUAACAGGCAUAUUCCAGACUUCUGUUUUUUAUUUUAAUGAUCUGUAAUUAAUAAUUCAUAGGUAAUUUAAAUAAUUAACUUUGUGAAAUGUAUCAGCAAUGUAGUAAGGAAACACCAUUUCUAAAGACCACAGCGUAUGUAAAUUGAGGAUUUAAAGAUGAUAUGACACAUAGGAACUCCUCCAAAUUGCUUGCUUUCACUGUCAGUAAAAUAUUUAUAUUUAUUCCAAGGCACAUGCUGCCAUGUUGAAAAUACCUAUUAGGUGAACAAAGUAGCUGUGAUUUAUUUAUAAAUAUUUAGGAAGAAUGGGCUAACUGAUUUGGGAUUAUUUUUUAACUCAGGUGGAUGAUUUUGUCAAAUCAUCUCAUGUUAUUUAAGAGAGCUGAACUUUAAAUUUGCUCAUUUUCUUGAAAUCUCAGUGUGUAUUUAAAAAAAGAAAUUAUAUUCUUCACGCUAAAAUGCCUGUAAUCUUGGGUCUUUGUAGCAUUAGCCAGCCAGUAUCAGUGAAAUAAAGUAGAUUUAACUUUGGAAAGGUUUUCUUUCAGGGAGCCCCUUAGUGGAGCUGCGGCUCUGGGAAAGGCGCCUGUGCCGGGGUUUAGGGUUUGCAUCCCGGUUUAACUUGGUUAUCGCAUUUACGGUGCUGACAGGAUUUUGAUGUCUCUGAACCAGGCGUUGUCCCUUCGAGGCAGCGAGCGUUUGCUGCGUGCAUCGCUUUGUGUCUGACAUGCAGAUGGAGGCUGGAAGAUUUUUGCUUGGCUUGUGUUUUUGUGUUUGUUUUUUUUUAUGGAAGCAGAAAGAUAACUAGCGCUCCCGAGGAACGUUCAGGAAGGCGGUCCACGGGCUUUCUGCGGUGGCAUGGGGGCACAGCAGCCAAAAUCAGUCAGCUUGAGUCAGCUCGAGAGCGGGGAGAGCGUCGGGCUCAGUGCUGCCGGGCUCCCUACUCGUGUCCUCAGGAGGGAUUCCUGAAGAAUGAAAAGGAUAAUGCAUUGCUGUCAGCCAUUGAAGAGUCUAGGAAGAGGACUUUUGCUAUGGCUGAGGAGUAUCACCGAGAAUCAAUGCUGGUUGAAUGGGAACAGGUGAAACAAAGGAUUCUUCAUACUCUGCUUGCAUCAGGGGAAGAUGCUCUCGAUUUCACCCAGGAAAAUGAGCCGAGCUACGUUGGUGAUUCGGGCCCUCCGGGUCGCAGCUCUUUGGACAGCGUGGAGAUGGCGUAUGCUCGGCAGAUUUAUAUUUAUAAUGAGAAGAUGGUGAAUGGACAUCUGCAGCCUAACCUGGUGGACCUUUGCGCUGUUGUUGCAGAGCUGGAUGAUAAGAACAUCUCUGAGAUGUGGGCCAUGGUGAAACAAAUGACCGAUGUUACCCUGGUUCCUGCUAGCGAUGCCUUGAAAGUCCGGACCAACAUGGAGGUGCGGAUGGAGUUUGUGAGGCAGGCUCUGCGCUACCUGGAGCAAAGUUACAAAAAUUACACCUCGGUGACAGUCUUUGGAAACUUGCACCAGGCCCAGCUGGGUGGAGUUCCAGGGACCUACCAACUAGUCCGCAGCUUCUUGAACAUCAAACUGCCCGCGCCUGUCCCUGGUCUCCAGGAUGGUGAGGUGGAAGGCCAUCCCGUCUGGGCACUGAUUUACUACUGCAUGCGCUGCGGGGAUUUGACUGCAGCCAUGUAUGUGGUGAAACGGGCACAGCACCAGCUGGGCGAGUUUAAAACCUGGUUCCAGGAGUACAUGCACAGUAAAGACAGAAGACUAUCUCCUGCCACAGAAAAUAAACUGCGUCUUCAUUACAGACGCGCUCUGAGAAAUAAUACUGACCCAUACAAAAGGGCUGUUUAUUGUAUCAUUGGCCGCUGUGACAUUGCAGAUAACCAGAGUGAGGUUGCUGAUAAAACAGAAGAUUAUCUGUGGCUGAAGCUGAACCAAGUGUGUUUUGAUGACAAUGGUGCAAGUUCUCCACAAGACCGACUGACAUUAUCACAGUUCCAGAAGCAGCUGCUAGAAGACUAUGGUGAAUCACAUUUUGCAGUGAACCAACAGCCUUUCCUCUACUUCCAAGUAUUGUUCUUGACAGCACAGUUUGAAGCUGCAAUUGCUUUUCUCUUCCGGACAGAGCGCUUGCGUUGUCAUGCUGUUCAUGUUGCAUUGGUCCUGUUUGAGUUAAAAUUGCUCCUGAAAUCUUCUGGGCAGAGUGCACAGCUGUUAAGCCAUGAGGCAGGUGACCCUCCUGGCAUCAGGCGUCUGAAUUUUGUGCGACUUUUGAUGCUUUACACCCGUAAGUUUGAAUCAACGGAUCCAAGGGAAGCUCUGCAGUAUUUCUACUUCCUCAGGAAUGAGAAGGACAGUCAAGGAGAGAAUAUGUUCUUGCGUUGCGUUAGUGAACUAGUAAUUGAAAGCAGAGAGUUUGAUAUGAUUCUUGGAAAGCUGGAAAAUGAUGGUAGUAGGAAGCCUGGAGUGAUAGACAAAUUUACAAGUGACACAAAACUCGUUAUUAACAAAGUGGCAUCUGCAGCAGAAAAUAAAGGAUUGUUUGAAGAAGCUGCAAAACUCUACGACCUUGCAAAGAACCCCGACAAAGUUUUAGAACUGAUGAACAAGCUCCUCAGUCCCGUCGUUCCCCAGAUCAGCACUCCCCAGUCGAACAAAGAGCGAUUGAAGAACAUGGCCCAUGCCAUUGCGGAGAGGUACAAAGCUCAGGGAAUAAGUGCAAAGAAAUCCGUUGACUCCACGUUCUACCUUCUGCUAGACUUAAUCACUUUUUUUGAUGAAUAUCACGCUGGUCACGUUGACAGGGCCUUUGAUAUUAUUCAACGCAUAAAGCUUGUACCUCUUAGCCAAGAUUGUGUGGAGGAGAGAGUUGCUGCCUUCCGGAACUUCAGUGAUGAAAUCAGGCACAAUUUAUCCGAAGUCCUGCUUGCAACCAUGAAUAUUUUAUUCACCCAGUAUAAGAGGAUGAAAGGCACGAGCCCGGCCACUCCUGCCAGGCCCCAGCGGGUAAUGGAAGACAGAGAUUCGCAACUUCGAUCCCAAGCUCGUGCGCUGAUAACGUUUGCUGGAAUGAUCCCGUACAGAACAUCGGGAGACACGAACGCGAGGCUGGUGCAGAUGGAGGUCCUUAUGAACUAGCAGAGAAGCUCUUGCUCAGGGUUGCGGCAGCCCCUGCCUGUCUUUACCACGCUCAGAGGGAGGGACCAGUAUCGUUUUGUAUGCUGUAUUUUUGUUGAUGGAAAUAAAUUUCUUUGAUUUUC